AUGGAGUCGAUCAACUUCGCCAAAGGCUACGGCAAAGUCAACCCCACAGAAGAAUCCAAGUCCAACCCCAUCCCCCCACCAAACCGCCGCGGCCGCCGCAUCAUCAUCGCCCUCUCCCUCGUCCUCCUCCUCCUCACCCUCCUCAUCGCCUCUCUCACCACCGUCCUCAUCCGCCGCUCUGCCUCCAAAUCCAACUCUUCACAACUCGCCUCCAACUCGGCCGAUUCCCUCAAAACCGUCUGCUCCGUAACUCGCUACCCCGACUCAUGCCUCUCCUCGCUCUCUCCCCUCAAUUCGCCGCCGUCGAGCAACCCCCUCCGCUUCUUCAAUCUCUCCCUCCACGCUAGCCUGCUCGAGGUCACGAGCCUCAAAUCUCAGCUCCCUGAAUCCGGGGCGGCGAUGAAGGUCUGCGCCGAGAUGUUCGACGACGCGGCGAGUCAACUCGGGAACUCGGCCGACUCGAUCUGCGUGGGGCCCGGGGAGGAGGUGCUGACGGAGAUGAGGGUAAGCGAUUUGCAGACGUGGAUUAGCGCGUCGUUAACUGAUCUCGACACGUGUCUUGAUGAGCUAGCGGAGAUGGGAUCGACGGCUGUUGGGGAGUGGAGAGUGAAGGUUCAGAGGACUAUGGAGUACAUCAGCAACACCUUAGCGAUUCUCAACAAUAUACCAAGUCUUUUUCAGAAAUUCGGCCUCAAGAUGCCUUGA